UUUCAAUCUAUUAUAGCAACAUCUCUGUGACAAGAAUAAAAUGACGAACAAUUCAUUGUGGUGUAGAAUAAUUUCAGGUGGGGACAACGUGGUACGUUUUAUUCUUGCUGUUCACACAAGAAAAUAACCUCCUUGGGAUGCUCAGCUGGAGCGUAAAUUGGGACACGUUCCAGGUCAUAUUCAGAAGUGGCGGAUUUUGAAUUGCAAAAACAUGGCCUCACUCCUGAAGAAGUGACUCAAAUACACUUUCAAAUAUUGAUACACUUUACACACCUGAAGUAAUCUGUGUUCAUAUUUUAAUUGCGUAAAUAUAUUUCAUCUUUUCCAAAAAAAAUUUAUUGAAUUCACUUAAAUUACCAAGUGGAAAAUUAUUGGAAGAUGAUCAACAAACUCUAGAUGAAGAUUUUAUGAAACCAAAUUCAAAUUAUGCAAAAUCAUGCGGUCCAAGUGAGUACUUAAAGCGUUACAUAUUUCCUUGUCUACUACCCGCCAUGGAAGAAAUGCUUAGACAAGCAAAACAAGGACGUUGCUUUGAGAAAAAGCGUUUUGGAUUCAACGGAUUGGAUUUUCUAACACUUUAUUUAUAUAAGAAUAAUUUAUAUAAUAUAAAUCAUCGUGAAGAUCUACAAAGUUUAUCAGAUAUACCAUGGGUUUCAAAAGAAUGGGAGAUUCGCCCACGUAAACCCUUACCGCUUAGUUUACAAUGGUCAGAUGAACAGGCAGCUAUAAAGUUACAAUCUUAUUGGAGAGGUUAUCUAGUUAGAAGAAUUCCAGAAGUGCUUGAACUUCGACAAUGGCAAUUAGACUGGAGGAAAUAUAAUCAAAUGAAACGGAAUCAAUUACAACAUAUCUGAAAGAAACUUUUUUACUCUAAUAUAUGCAACAGAAAGGUAGUUUUAAUUAUGCAAUAAUAAGAAUUCCUGAAAAUAUAACUUAAUCAUUUA